AUGUCAUCUUCUUCAAGUAUCAAGAGCAUCAGAAGUAGAAGGAUAGUAAGGAAUGAUGGAGUUGAGUUGUGCAAGUGUAAUGAAGAAGCUCAUAUGUUUACAUCAUGGACUGCAAAGAAUCCUGGUAGAAGAUUUUAUGGAUGUCCAAAUUACAAGGAUGAAAGUAUGAAUUGCAAGUAUUUCAUGUGGAUUGAUGAUGAACUUACAAUCCAAAGGUACAAGGAUCUAUUCUUCAAUAUGCACCAUGAUAUGAAGGGUAUGGAAGAUGAGAUCAAAGAAUUAAAGUUAAAGUUGAAGAAAAAAGCAUGUUUGGAAUGUGAAGAACGAAGAGUAAAGUAUGUUAGGAUUGUGGUGUUCUUGGUAGUUGUCCUGACAUUGGUCAUCUUAAGUUCUUUUCCUAGAUCCGCCGUCUCCUUUCUCACUGGCAUGCUUCUUCCUGUUCACAGUAGGCCUCCCAGGCAUCCGCCUAGACAUAGGUGGCAAAGGUUUUUCAUAAGGAAUUGUUGGCCACAGGUUGCUACCAUUCAUAGGUUGUAA